CACACAUUCGUGCCGCAACUCCAUCCAGCACCGCACAUUCCUUCAUUUUUGAAAAAAAAAAAAAGAUAAAUAAGACAAUAAAGGAUUUUUAUUAUAAGGGAAAAAAAGGAAAGAGAGAGGAAAGUGGGAACGCAACACGGGGCAAGCAAUGCCAUCUUUUGAUCAUGCCUCAUUGCGCGUAAGAGCGAAGCAGGAUGAAUUUGAUCUGCCCCGGGCUCUUGGUGUACUUCUUCCACUUAGGAUUGUACCAGGUGACGCUCCGGUGCUUGAUCGCCCCGGUCCUCUCGCACCCGCAGCCGUGCCGCGUGCUCGCCCAGGUCGGUCACACCGUGCGCCUCGGCGUGCUCCUGCCCUCGCGGCGGCCCGUGCGCGUUCGAGCCGCGCUGGACCGCGCGCUCAGCGACAUGGCCGAGAGCGGAACCCGCCUCCUGCCCUACAACCUGAGCAUGGACGUGGUAGCGCGCGAGCCGGCCGACGGUGACCCCGAGUCGCUCUUCCGGUGCGUGUGCCAGUCCAUAGUGGUGCAGGGGGUCUCCGCGGUGCUCGCGUUCCCCCAGAGCCAGGACGAACUCGUGCAGGUGGAAUUUAUGUCGUCGUUUCUGGAGAUUCCCUUCGUGAGCAUCCUGGAGCACGGAGAGCCUCUAAGAACCGAGAACCGAUUUCACUUGCAGAUGAUGACUCGGAUCCCUGUAUCAGACCUGGCGGAGCUGCUGUUGACGGUGCUGCAGCGGAGUGGCUGGCAUGAGGGCAUGGCUUUACUCUGCCAGGGCUGGGAAGAAGCUGGCCUUCUCGACCUUCUGAAGCUGCAUGGUGACGAGGCGAAGGGCACCUCACGUUGGUACCUCCGCGCCACCCUCAACCUUUCUGAUAAUUCUUUAGACCAAAAAAGCAUAUCAGAUUUUCUGGAGCAGCACUUCAGCCAGGACCAACAUCCUCCAUCGUCGGUGCUGCUUCUUGGGUCCGAUCCACAAUGCGCCUCUGCCGUGCUGCGCAGUGCUCAUGACCUCGGGCUUACGUUACCUACCAUGCACUGGAUUAUGGGAUAUCCAUUAAGCCCCGAUGCCUUGCAGUCCAUCGGCUUACCCCUGGGGCUGCUGGCCUACGGAGAGGUCGACCUCAAACCUCUGGACUUUUACAUUCGCGACAGUUUACAGCUGGUCAGUCGAGCAGUCGCUGCUGCUACGCUCGUGCGGCCAGAUCUUGCGCUCAUCCAAAAUAUGGUGAAUUGUUUUGAUAAACCCAAUAAGCAUGAACUGCCUUCAUCUGGACAGUACAUUUCCAGGUUUCUCUCGAACACAACCUUCAUGGGGUUGACUGGAGCAGUCAGCGUGCAACGCAACAUUUCACGCGUUCUUACAUCUCAGCGCGUGCACAUCUGGAGGCUUCGGCGCGAUGCCGUGGGCCAGCCCACCUGGGUGACGGUGGGCAGCUGGGAGGGCACCCACUUGGAUGUAGAGGAGCGAGGUCUGUGGCAGAGCUCAACCCCACGCCAACGCACCGAGGCACAAAAAGGUCAUGAGCGCAGUCGCUGGAGGCCCGGAUUCCCCGUUUCUGGGAGUCGCGUCCGCGUAGUCACCCUUGUCGAGCAUCCGUUUGUGUUCACGAGGGAGGUGGACGAGGAUGGUAACUGCCCCGCAGGACAGUACUGCCUGGAUGCAGGGAGCAACAGUUCAGACACACUGGAUCGUGUUUUUGCCAUGCGAGCACAAGGGAAUAACACGUUUAUUCCAGCGGAUUACAGCAAGUGCUGCUAUGGUUACUGCAUCGACCUGCUGGAAAAGCUGGCUGAGGACAUGAACUUUGAAUUUGACCUUUACAUUGUGGGAGACGGGAAAUACGGGGCAUGGAAAGGUGGCCGUUGGACAGGACUGGUCGGAGACCUGCUAAACGGCGUGGCUGAUAUGGCCGUCACCAGCUUCAGCAUCAACUCGGCACGCAGCAAAGUCAUGGACUUCACCAGCCCUUUCUUCUCCACCAGCUUAGGCAUCCUGGUGCGCAGCAAGGACACGGCAGCACCCAUCGGAGCUUUCAUGUGGCCACUGCACUGGUCCAUGUGGGUGGGCAUCUUUGUAGCACUGCACAUGACGGCACUCUUCCUCACCCUUUAUGAGUGGAAAAGCCCGUUUGGCAUGACUCCACACGGGCGUAACCGCGUUAAGGUGUUCUCCUACUCCUCAGCCCUUAACCUGUGCUACGCCAUUCUGUUUGGUCGUACGGUAUCGAGUAAGACGCCCAAGUGCUGGACAGGACGAUUCCUCAUGAACCUGUGGGCCAUCUUUUGCUUGUUAGUUUUGUCCAGUUACACAGCCAACCUUGCUGCAGUUAUGGUUGGGGAAAAGACCUUUGAAGAGCUUUCAGGCAUUCAUGAUGCCAAACUCCAUCACCCCUCCCAAGGGUUCCGCUUUGGCACGGUACGUGAAAGCAGUGCCGAGGACUACAUGAAGAAAAGCUUCCCUGAAAUGCACGAAUAUAUGAGGAGGUUCAACGAGCCCACCACGCCAGAUGGUGUUGCUACUCUCAAGACAGAUCCCCCUAAGCUGGACGCUUUCAUCAUGGACAAAGCUCUGCUGGACUUCGAGGUAUCCAUCGAUGCUGAAUGUAAACUGUUGACGGUCGGUAAACCCUUCGCUAUCGAAGGUUACGGAAUCGGACUCGCCCAGAACUCGCCUCUCACAUCCAACAUUUCAGAGUUCAUCAGCCGAUACAAAUCGGACGGCUACAUGGACAUGCUGCACGACAAGUGGUACAAAGUGGUUCCCUGCGGAAAGAGAGUCUUCGCCAUGACAGAGACGCUGCAGAUGGGCAUCCGUCAUUUCUCAGGGCUGUUUGUGUUGCUGUGUGUGGGUGUGACCGGGGCCUUACUCACUCUCGCAGGUGAACACGCCUUCUACCGACUGGUUCUGCCUCACAUCCGCCGCCGGCAAAAAUUCAAAUACUGGCUCCAUACCAGCCAGAAAAUUCACCGAGCGUUGAACAUGACUUACGAGGACGUGAAGCGUCAGAGAGCCAACACAGAGAAAAGCUGUAAUAUUCAGAAAUCCCAGCCGGCACAACCUCCAGCACCUCCGCCACCCGGAACCUUCGCCAAGUGGAAUAACGAGAGCAGCCGAGCCGCCAAAGAGCUCAAGGACAACAAGAGGGUUCACUUCAACCUAGAGACGCUGAACACGCGCCGCCUCCUCGCCCGCGUCGUCGCAGAAGGUGGACAGGGUACUUCAGGAUCUGCAUCUGGAGACGGUUCUGGUCCUGGACCUGCGCCCAGUGCAAGUCGUGUCUCGAGAGUGUGUGAAAACGGUGGGCCGGUCCCUUUACAGCCACUCCCGUCCUCUCCGCCUCCUUUGACGGAGCCUCCGAAGGAUGGAGAGCUGGAGGAGCUGCAGGUGAAGAUCGAAGAGAUCCGUGGUCAGCUGAGGGAUGCUCUUGCGCGUCGGGCCCAACUCCAAACAGCUCUCGCCAAAGAACGCGCUGCUUCCGUGGUUCCACUGACCCAAGAGGGACCACCUACGGUCACGGCUACGAUUUGCCGCUCCCUGGUCAAAGAUCUGGAAGGAAAAAGGUGAUGCUUUCGCGUUCAAAAGAACGACGCGACAAACAUCCUGUUUUUCAUAUCGAUUCCAAAGGCUUUCACUGAUGCCGAGAAGCUGCUGCGGUUCCUCACGCUAUGGCUUCAUCAGGCUCCAGGACACCGGGACACGGACUCGCCAGUUUUCUACAGUCAUCCAGAUCUGCAGCACCACGUCACGAGGACGCGACAGAGAAACGUAGCCAUGCAGCCGAGGCCUGAAGACGUCCGAAAAGCUCUCCGGAUACGAGGCAGGACACAUCAGCAUGGCUAGAUCAUGUCUCCUCCUGUGGGGAGUGUGUGUUUCUACAUGCUCUGCUCUGCUGAUGUGGUUUUGGGGGGUUUAUGGGAACACCGGCGUGGGAUUUGAAACAAAGGGGGAAAAAAAAAAGAUUCGGUGGGUUUUAAAUGUUCUGUUCGGUUCUGCAGUAUUUGAUCUGAAAUGAUUAUUGUUAAUUGGGCCUGGAUGUUUUUCACUAAUAAACCUAAUUGAAUAAACUGUGAAUGAACGUCUGUUGGAUGGGAUCUCCACAGCAUGCAGUAGGUCAGGUUCUAAUCUUCAGGUGCAGGUGAUGGUCAUGUGACCCAGUAGAUGACACUAAUAUAACGCUAUAAAGGGUUAUACCUGCAAGGGAGAAAAUUAAAUCCCCAAAUCCUGUUUUAGUCCAAGUGAGGCGGUCGUAAGAUUCUCCUUUUUAGCAGAAAUAUUCAUCGUCAAACGUGUUUUUUUAAGGAAAUUCUGGACUCAUGCUCUAGAAAUCAAGUUACUCAAAUGAUAAAUCAUGUGCAUUAUUGAAAGAUGAAUAAUUUCCACUCGUUUAUAUCACUGACCUGAUGGUACAUUCAUGUGAAGGUAUCUGUGUGUUCAAUAAACCCACCUUAUAUAACACACACUGCAUGGACAAAAGUAUUGCGACACCUGAAUUUUACAGCCAUGUGUUUCUUCCCCAAAUUUGGAUGCACACGGACGUCUUUGGAAGCAGCGGCAUGAAAUCUUCCCUUUACUAUAACUAGGAGACCCAAACCUGUUCAGCAUGGCAGUGCAAACCCUGUGCACAAAGCUCCAGCUCCAUGAAGAUCUGCUUUCCACGGGUUGGAGUGGAAGAUCUCCUGCUGAAUGUGAACUCUGACUGCACCCCCAGGCCUCCUCACCUUCAUCGCUACCUGACUUUACUAACACCCUUGUAGCAGAGCACAAAUCUUCCCAGAAGAGUGGAGCUCAUUAGAACCGUAAACGGGACGAAAUUCAGAAUCGGAUUAUUAAAAAGACAGAGCUGAGGUGUCCACAAACUUUUGGCUGUACAGCAUCUUCACAUCAUUCUACUAUUACAGGGUUUCUGUCGUUUAUUCAUAACCCGCAGCUCAGAGAAGGAACCACAAGCAGACGUGCGGAGUGGAAAAUCCUUUUUGUCUGUUUAUGCAUUUCUUUUUUUUUUACAUUUAAAUACAACUGAAUGAAAGAGCAAAUAGAGUUCAUCACAGAACCGUGGAUUUUUCAUCGUGUAUGAUGAAUGGAUAGAAACUCAUCAUCCUGCAUUCUGACACAGAACGGCAAAUAGGCAGAGAAAAAAAAGAGAAGAAAAGUAAAUCGAUCGUAAAAGCUCAUUUGCGGAAACAUUCGUGCUGAAAAUCUCUUAAACCUGACUUGAAUUAUUGCACACGUUUUUUGGAUAAAAACCGACAUCCCCGAGGCCACCGACGUUCACCUUAUCAUUUGUUGCAUAGCCUUUGAAUGAAAACCCCUGGCAGACAAAAAACGUUUCUUCCGGUCUUCUCUCGUGCAAAGAGUAGAGACGAUCGGCGACGUGUUCGUCUUCAUCUAUUUGACGGAAUAAAGUUCGCAAUUAACUCGACUUGUAAAAGCGAGAUCCUGUUAAUUGAGUUAAUCUGUCCUGCGGCGCCAUCUAUAAAGCGUACAACCCUCUAGAUUCUGUUUCACUCCUCUUCAAAAAAAAAAAAAAAAAAAAAAGAUUUUUGAUCCAUUUG